GGGCCCGCCCUGCCGGGCCCCGCGUGGGGAGGCGGUGCUGCGCGGCAAUGGCGGAGCGGGAGGGUCCCGGCAGCGCUCGGCGGCCGUCGGGCGGGCGGAAGAUGUCUCUGCAGAGAUGUGAAACAUGUAGCCAAGAGGAAGCUAAGUACAGAUGUCCACGGUGCAUGAAAUACUCAUGCAGUCUGUUGUGUGUGAAGAAGCAUAAGCUUGCAUUGAGCUGUAAUGGAGUCAGGGAUAAAACAGCGUUUGUCUCCAUAAAUGAAUUUACCGACUUGAAUCUUUUGAGUGAUUAUCGAUUCCUGGAAGAUGUAGGAAGGGCAGCUGAUGCUGCUGCUCGACGUCUUACUAUGCAUAACCCAACACCAAAAAAACUUUUAUAUGGCUUGAGAAACAAAGCUCGGAAGUGUGAAAUUGACCUGAGAACACUGCCUGUUGGAUUUACAAAGAGAAGAGAAAAUUCAACCACCUUCAACUGCGUGGAGAAAAAAUUCUACUGGCACUUGAAGCUCGUAUUUCCUCACUCUCAUGCUGAAUACACUUUAAAAGGGGUGCCUGAUGAUAAAACGCUUGCUGAUAUCCUUAAGCCAUACAUUGAUCCAGUGGAGUCAGAUCCUGUAGUUUGUCAAAGAUUAAAAAUCUAUACAACGUCUCCUCAGUCAGAUGUACAAAUUUUAAUGAAAAUAGAAAACAGGAAACAAAACUCUGUCAGGUACAACGAACUGGAUGCCAAAAGAAGCCUUCUAGACAAUUUGAAAGGCAAAGUAAUAAUUGAGUAUCCAACGUUAUUUGUGGUCUUGAAAACAUUGAAGAAUGACAUGGUGAUUCUUGGCCAAGAUGCCAGUGAACCUGCACAGAACUCGGACAGUGAAAGUUCCUCCCUUUCAUCUAUGGAAGAAGGGGAAAUUCGGGACAGUUCAUAACAGUUCUUUGGGAAAAGAGGGUGGAAUGAGCCUUUUGGUUUUGGGGUUUUUGGAGGUUUGGUUUUGGUUUGUUUGUUUUUAAAUUUAAUUUUUAUUUUUUUUUUUUAAUAUGAAACUGCUUUUUCAGAACUUUGGUUCUUCACUAAGGGCAGCACUUCCAAACUGCCUGCCUAUUCUGGGAUUUAGUAAUGCAUAUUAAGGGAUGUAAAUAAAGAGAUGGGGAAUAGCUGGUUCCAGAAAAAAACAUAUUCUUAUUUAAUUUCACCCUUUUGUCCAUGUAUUUUUAAUAAAUCAGUCACCCAAAUUAAAGUUUCCAAGUUAGUUUCAGCAGCCUAUUUUUUCCUUUUGCCCUAACAGCUCAGUGACCAAUUUCUGAGUUUAAAUUUCUCAUAUUUGUAUUUAUAUGUGGAUUCGAGUCUUAAUGCUUAAACGUACAUUAGAUUAAUUUCCUUUUUGGAUAUUUCUGUGUCAUGCUGAGCUGCUGCAAAUGAUCUUACUCUACUUUUGACUUUAAUCUGUGGUGAAAUUCUGGGUGCCUGGUGCAAUCUAUUUUUUUUAAAUUAUUAUUGUUGUUUCUUACUUGGUUGCAUCUUGUUUGAUGUUGUAAGGACAGGUUAGACUAUGUUUUCAGGGUGGCCUGUUGCUGUAUGUUUAAUCUUCUAAGUUAGCAUGGGGUUUAAAAUCGAUGGAAAUGGAUACUGGGAAUGUCAGUAAUGCGAACAUACUGGACUUCUAAACAUUGCUUAUGUUAUGCAUCUCCUAUUAGUAGUUUACCUACUGAAGCCGGGUAUUUUAAAUAUUUACUGAAAUAUCAACUAAAUUUACUUAAAAAAAAAUAAACCUUAAAAAAAGUCCUGUACUCUAUCAUCUGCUGACCAUAGAAAUCUGUUGUUAACUUGUGAGAUUUGUAGAUCCCAGACCACUGUACCCAAGUCGCCUGUGUGGGGGGUCUGCUGGAGGACGAGGACAGUGUGUGCUGCGAGCGGUGUGAGACAGGUUGGCCCUUUGGGAAUAGUUUGCAAGGGGCUGGCUAAGUCAGCAUUUGUGAUGUCUUCAGGACAUGAAUCACUUUGUGAACAGCUGUGUGAGGUUGUUGCUGCCAUUGUUGUUCCCUGGUCUGUUUGUCUUCUGCUUGAGACUGGCACCUCUGUGACAGAAGUCAGUGGCAUGGGAUGCACACUAAACUGCCAUGGAGGUGGUUUUUCAAUCAUAAGUGUACUUCCUGCCAGCACUGACCUUGCAGGUAGAAAGACAACAGAAAGCAGUGCAGGAACUUAACUGGGAGGAGCAGGGCAGGCCAGGCAGAGUUCUGUGCCUACAAAUGUGAGUAAGAGUGAGUAACUUGUUUAGGUAACAGGAGGCUGUGGCAGCAAUAGGUGAGAGGGCUUGGGCUUCCAGACUCUCAGUCUUGACUUCAGGCCAUCGAGCUGUUGGUUCCUUACCAGUCAUGCUGUGUGGAGGGGAUUUUUGAGAUGGUCAAAGUCUUAGAAGUUUGGGAGUUUUUCACACCUUCACAAAUUGUCAUUAAAAAACUGCUUGCCAUGACAUAGCUACUGAAGUUUGGCAAGCGUGUCAGACCGCUGUAGUCACAUAAUGCUGUUUCUUACAGUGGUACUGCGUGUCCUUGCCCUUGUGUGUUUUGCAGCCCCUGGAAAAACAGAGAGGUUUUUCUUCUUGCGUGGCAGUAACCACCUGUGCUCUGUUGUAUUUUUUAGUCAUCGUUGGUCCUCUGCCCACCUCUUGUUUCAACGUUUGGUUUUUUAACCCUUUUUAAAGGACCAAGAUUCCUAGCUAUGCGUGCUUCCUUCAAAUCUUUCUCGGUCCAGUGAAAGUGAAUAAACUUUUCCUAAUCAGUGAUGACUACACAUUGACUUGGUAGCCACAAAUUACUUUAAACCAGUCUUGAACUCGUUCAUAACAACACUGAUAAAAGAGCAGAACAGCAAAACUGCCACAGUUCACUUGCCAGAAAAUGUUUCAUCCAGAGUAAUAGCGUGGCAUUUCUGUUAAGAUUCGUAGCACACACUGGAAAUGAGAGUGCUGCAAAUAUUAGUGUUGAUCUGCAUGUGUGUGUGAUUAGUCUUUGGCUGAGGAAGGCAGAGUUGUAAUUUGCAUUGCUUUCCUAUGCUCAUGGAGGCUUUCAUUAAUUGCAUGAAAUGGUUUGCCUGUGGGGUUUUUUUUCUUUUCUUAUAUAAAUCUAGUUUAAGCUUCCUCGUGUGUCAAAUACAACUGUAAUUUGUUUUUAAAUGAAGAUGCCAUUAAAUCACUCCUCCAGAUUUAAAUCUUUUCCUACCUUAAAGAAGGCUUUAAAAAUUAUUAAGGAGCAUUCCCAUGAUGGUUACUAGAAAUGAAAUUUCCCAAACAAAGCUAGUAAUCAUCUUCAAGAGUUCAGUCAGAUUGAGAGUAAAAGGCCUUGGCAGCAUUUGCCAUUCAGUCCCAGGUUACUGUUUAUGUAUUUUUAUUUAGUUUUGAUAACAGUUACACUAGUUCGAACUGUGGAGAUUCAUCAAAUGCAGGCCAAGAUGAAAUUCAAAUAUUUUUCUUUGGUUUUACUAAACUUUUUCAGUCUUUGUUUAUAAAAAUGAAUCAAAAUGAUGGUGUCUGGCUAAAAGCACAGCCUUACUUAUGACAAGUGACCAGUGCAGGUCCUGCAACAGUCGUAAUUCUUCAUAAUAAUAAGGUUACUGAUUUAAUCAAAGUUUAUGCACCCUUUGGCUAGGCAGAUGGUUUGUAACACUUUCACAGGCAAUUAGGGGAAGAUUUUAAUUCCUUUCCGAGUGACUUAAACCCAGAAUGGGCAUCUUGUAAUAAACUGAAGAGAGAAAACACAUCUUUAAAAGCUGUAUUUGAAAAUUUCUGGUCAAGCACUUAAAAUUUAAAACAUGGAGCUGAGGCUGUGUGGAAGGCUCGGUUCUGUCCAUCUUGAAGACAUGCUAUUGUAGUCAUAUUGUACAAGGAUCCCUACAGGACUCUGCCUUGAUUCAGGGCAGAUGAUGUUUGUGAAUGAAAACUGUCUGAUGUUGUUUUAAUCUUCAUCAUUCAACACCAGCUUGUGUUGAGUGCUCGAUUGUAUGCCUACUACACUUACUCAUUUAUUUUCCUCUGUAAACCACUAGUCACAGAAGGAACAAGCUAUUUGUGUGUAGCGUUGUUACAGCAUUUCUUUUAAUGGUUAGAUUUUGCAGGUUUCAAGCCCUGAACACUCACAGCAUGCUUGAGCUGAAGGACCAUCAGCUUACAAAGCAAAGAGUAAAGGCUCUUGUCCUGAAUGAACACGCUACUUAGAAAAAUUAAAAGCUUAAUGAAGUCAUCCCUUUCACAAGCCCUGGAGGACAAAAAUAGAGCAUAGCUAAGCACAUAGUAAUAGCUGAGAGGUGGGGUUGAGUCAGCCGUCUGAGAGAACUUGGGUCUUUCCCUUUCCUGUACUACUUCCUGGGUGCAUGAGGCAUAAGUUCUUGAGUUGUCGUGGAUAAACAGUGUUACAGCCCCUGUCAGGGCAACAGCCAAGUUUCAAAUGAACACAUCUGAGUUCCAGGUUUUCCUGUAGUUUAUCUUUGCAUUAGGAAUUGUAGGUCCAUAGAGGAAAAGAGGGUCAUGCGGCAAAAUGUGUGGUUGGUGCUAGGUCUUAGAGGCAGGCCAGGCCCAUUUGUGUUACUCCAGUUUUGCAUUAGGAGUAAAGUCUAAAAAAUGCAUAAAUCUCCAAGUUCACUAUAGCAGUGAUGGCGCAUCCCACCGGCGUGCUGUCUCUAAGCAGAGCUGUGAUUCAGACCUCGCCCUGCCAGAUACGGCUGUUCUCUGUUGACAUCUGUAGGAGCUGAGAAUGAAUAACACCUUGCAAGAGCAAGCUUUCAAAGAGUAAAUAUACAGCUGUGAUGAUGUAACUUCAGGCCAUGUUUGGUCACAAACAUUUCAUUCUGCUUUCUGAAGUCCCACGCUCUUUUCCUGAAAACAUUUAUUCUUCCUCCCUCUAAAGGAAAAAAUAUCUUGGAUUUGUGUUUAUGUUGUUGCUAUGACAUUCAGUUAAACUGUAUGCAGAUGCAGGUUCUGUUAAUAAGAGAAAGAAAAAAAAGAGCUGUGUACUUCAGUGAACAAAGAUUGCCCUGUGUUUGUAUUAAAAUGUUGCUAUGGCAGUGCAUAUGGUUUUAUUUGGUGGAAAUUUGUGGUGAGAUGGAAGGAAGUCACAUGUAUGCAAGACAAACAAGAAAUGGCAGCAAAAGCGACUCAACAUAAAUACUGAAACUGAAAGGGAAGUUGCAGAUGACAUGUAAAACCAGGAAAAAACAAGGAGAGUUGUUUUGCUGCCUGUCUGUCUGUGACUUGAUAACAGAAAUGUGUUCCCAUUGUGUCCUGCUGGGUCUGGGUGACCUAUUGGACAGGUCUAAAAGCUCUAAAGAAGCUUUUAUCACAGGAGCUUCUUUCCCUCGUUGGCUCUGUGUAUUGUAACAUUUUUUUGUUUUGGAAGCAAAGUUCCACUGGCUUGGCCUGAUUUCACCACCGCUGACUUUUCCUGCCGAAAAGCAUUUCCAGGCUAUCUUACUGUAGUAGGCUUUUUGGCAGGAAAAAUCAAUAGAGUGAUAAAAUACGGAAAGCCACUAGAGCCUCGUCUGUCUCUGGGGCAAAGAGAAGUCUUUGUGGACUAGUAAUAGAAACUGGGGGUUUUUUUUAACUGGCACAGUAGUCCUCGUAUUUAUCUAAUCCUUUUGCAUGAGGCUUCUUUUUGCAUCAGUUGCCUAAGUACAGAUGUUUGUGGGGUUGCACGACAAAUCAGAAUGGGUUAAAAAUCAUCUGCCAAAGCAGCAGGAGUAGAAAUGAGAGGGGAGAGGGAGUUGUGAAUAAAUAACCACACUGGGAGCUGGCUGGUUCCUGCAUGAUUCCAGCUGGUGGAGAAAGCAAUGUGAUUUUUAAAAAGUUUUAAAAUCACAUUGCCACUUUCUUCCUGUCAUCCCAGUUCUGCCUCAAGAAGGAGGAGGAAGUGACUGUGGAAACUGCUGUUGCAUUCCCACUCCUUGCUUCCAGGUUUUCUACUGAAUCAUAUUGUAACCCCAGAACUUGUCCAUUUUGCCAGGAGUGCCAACAGGGAGUAAAGAUACACCUAAGUGAGGUUAAAAUUAAGUUGAUGAGUGAGGUACAGAUAUUCAGGAGAAAACAGCAGACGUGUGGCCUUAAAAGCUGGCCUCAGAAGUCCCCAUCACUCUCAUGUCUAAACUCUCAGUGUUACCUCUGUCGACCUUCUUCCCUAACCUCUGCUUACAGCUGUGCUUUGGUAUCCAUGCUGGUUUUAAUGGGAUGUUCCACUACUGCACAAGUAUCUGCUUCUGCAGGGUAAAAGAUACUUUCCUGAUUUAAGUUCUCAUUACAAAGUUGCUGGGUUUACAGCUGUGACAUCUUGGUGUCUGAUUUUGUCAAGUUAGUAAGUUAAUUAGGAGCUAACCUGGUUGGUUUGAGAUGCUGAAGGAAAUCAGUAGCUUUAAAGAAACGUGUGCCUUUGACUCAGUGAAUACACUGGGCUGCUUCUGAUCUGGUGUUCACCUGGUGUUCUCAAAGUAUUGCUGGGCUGCACUGCAGACUGUUCAACUGGUAAUUAUAAUGGAGCCCCUUCAUUCUUACUGAAACUGCACUCCUCAUGAGGUUGUUCAUGUAUGUGUCCUAGCUGGAUUCCCAUCUGGGCAAAUCUGUGCACCCUACCUUUACAGUUCUUUUGUCUAGUAAACGAAAACCUCACAAAA